UCGUGUGAAGCACGUGCUAUGAUUAUUUUGAUAAACAAUACGAACUGUUUAUCAAAAGGAGAAGCAUGCAGUAUUCAAGCCAGGUGUUACUAUUCUGAGGAAUCCGGCUUUAGGUAGCCAUGGCAAUCGCUAUACAGCAAUAACAAUACUUGGUUACCAAAAUGAUUAACGAUUGACUGACAGCUUCAUUAGAUUAGCAAACAAAGUGCUUGGUUUCUACACAACUUACAAGAGUAUAUUUUUUAUAAAAUGAGUAAUAGAUUGUUGGUAGAAGAGGAGGAAGAUGUGUUGGCACCGAAGGAACCUCAGGUUCUGUCGGAGGAUCCUGCCGAAAGGAAGGAGGCCCGCGCUCUCAGGAUCAAGAGGAGACAAGAGGCUAUUAAAAGAGCUGACCAGCCCCCAGAGGACGCGGCUGCGGAUGAAGAGCCGAGCCUCAUAGAGCAGGCGACGGCGGCGGCGGCCGAGGAGUUGCAGCGGCUGACGCUAGGGGGCGCUGGCAACGUCACCAACAUCAAGGUCACCACGGACGAGCGCGAGGUCUUCCGACGGGCGAUAUUCAACAAUCGCAUGAGGAGUGCACUAGAGAGGAUUGAGAACGAAGCGACGGAAGCGCAGGAACAUUACGAAGCAGUGACCAGCCAUUGGGGCGAGAUGUCCGAGCUGAAAGACCCUCUAGACAUCGACGCCGCCAUGAAGGAACAGAAAGCCAAGUGCGAUGACCUUCUGGAGAGGAAGAACCAAGUUAUUAGUGAUAUAAAGGAGUUUCUGAAGGACAUGGAUGUGGGAUAUUAUGAGGAUUUGGAUAAGCAGGACCAAGACAUAAAAGAGCUCUCGGAACGCAUAGAGAAGCAGCUCUCUAUGAUGCAGAAGGCCUACGAACAGCAACUCGGCCUGAUAGAGCAAGCUAUAAGCAUCGAGCGGGACGCCAUGAUGGAUCAUAAUAACAAGCGGUGGGAGGCGCUUUAUAAGCAGAGGGAUAAGGAGGAAGUUGCGCAUAUGGAGUUUAAGGAGGAGCAGCUAGAACAACAUAAAGAGGAGAUUGAGAGGAUAAUGUGGGAACACCACGAGAAAUAUCGAGAAGCGAAAAUACACCUGGAGCAUUUGAUACAAGAACUGCAGAAAGAGCUGGAGAAAAUGAAGGCCACCUGCCUCAUCAAUACUGAGAAAAUCGGCUAUAACUAUCAAAUAUUGAAGAAACGCGAAGAAGAGAACGUUUUCGUGAGGUCCCAACAAAAGCGGAAGUUGAACAAGAUGGCGGAUGUGGCGAAUGCUUUGCGCGCGAAAAUACGCAAGGCGGCGCAAGAUGGCGUCCAAGAGGAAAUGCGGGCUGAUGCUGAAAUAUCCAAGCUGAUGCAGGCCAUGGAUGAAUUGGAGAAGAAGUCUUAUCAUUUCUCUCAAGUAAACGACUACAAGUUCAGCCAAGUGUGGCGCAUGUCGGCCGCCCGCUGCUCGUCCUUAGCACGGCGGCUGCGGCAGGCCGAGGUGGCGAUACACGCGCACGUGCUGGCUGAGCCCGCGCCGCCGCCGCCGCCGCCCCCGCCCGUCAGCCCGCUUAAAGUGAAGCAUGAUGCUGAGUCAGAAAAGAAAGCUUCCAAUAUCUCGCAAGCAAUUUCGAAUCCUGAAGCAAAUUUUGGACCCAUUCCCGAUCCUAACAAUGCUUUAGAGAACGAAUGUAAGGACAGACUGGUUCGGCACAUAUUGGGAUUGGUGGCAGACAACACAGGGUUCUUGAUAGAAGAUCGGCUAUUUACACUGAUCGAGAAAUACAAUCAGUGCUCUAGAAACCUGUGCACCUUGGAUGCUAUAUUUAUGGCGUUAGAGAUACGAAGUGAGGAGGACAUACGCCUGCUGUGCCGCACUUUCAUCAAGUACGCGUUUUGCCCCGCGUGCUCCGGCGCCGACAGUAGUGAGGAACUGAUUGAGUCAACUGCUGCGACAAGUGACCAAGAUCUGCCUUCUAUGAAGCAUUCUAGAGGUGAUAAGUCCUCUUUACGCUCUCGCGGCCACGGGCCCGGGAGUGCCUCCGCCAGUCACUCAAGAUCUAUGCAUGCCAUAAAUCGGUCAGACUUGACGCACUCGGAUCAAGAGCUCUUGUUGGAAGCGGAUGAGAUCUUGCAGAAGGUUGGCGACUGUAACGUGGACCAGUACCUUCAGUCGCCGUCGCUGGGCUCGCUGGGCGCGCGGCGCCGCGGCGUCACCGUCGCCGCUGCCCCCGUCGCCGACGACUACACCAGCCCCUACAUGUGUCCUAUGGGUCAUUGUUUGGAGAUAGAGCCCAUGCAAGUACUGACGGCGCUGGGCGAAUUCGUCACUGUGUUCAUGCCUCCAGAGAAACAAGAACUUAACAAUAUGAUGUAA